CGGCUCGCGGGGGUUGCGGUGCAUGAACACCGGCCGAGCCGCGAGAGGGGGCCACGACACACGAGCGCUGGCGUGCAGCUCUCUCACUUUCUGGGGAGGUAAAGGCCUCCCGCCACGCUCCGCGGUAGUCUUAUCUUAUGGGCCGUAGGCGCAACGACCGGCGCCGGCAAAGGCCCGGGUCUACCGAGCCAGCCUACCGCGCUGCCAGAGCACUGAAAAGCAUAGCGCGCCAGUAGCUCUAGGACCCCCGGGGGUUAAGUCUCCCGCUUGUAUAUGCUGUAUCUGCAGGCUUCAUUCAACAGCUGAAAUCAAUAAAGUCUUUCUGGUGAAGAUAUUUCUAAGCAAAAAACACACAUGAUCCACAUUCAUAUCUUCGUUGCAGAUGAAUUAGCAGGACGUUUCUAAUGAACACCAUCUAAAUCUUUUAAUACCCUUUUGUUCCCUAGGUACUGCUCCUCUCUCUCAUGCACACAGGUUAAAGAACUUGGGCUUCAAGUAGACGGUACCGACAUGAGUUCGCAGUACUAGACCCUCGAGAAGGGUCAUCUCCCUGAUUUUUCCCUGUGAUUUGAAAGGGGAAUGCGACAUUGUAAAACGUCUGCCAAUGAAUUUUAGUAACGUUUCUCGACAGAAAAUGAAAGCGCAACGGAACAGGCGUCAAUCGAAGAUCGUGGGUAAGCUCUUUCUGUGGUUUUAUGAAACAAUAGCAAAUUCAUGUCUGGCUUUGUUUAAAUAUCAACAUCAGAUCAACUACAUCUUCAUCGCUCCUUAUCUUUUUGCUUUUAGUAUUUCUAAGCUUUAUUCUUACAAGUCGCCGGCCAUGUCGUUAGGCCGGGGAAGCAAGCGCUAAGCCCUCAGCCAAAAAACAGCGAGAGAGUGCUUCGCGGGGGGCUCAUCGGUCUAACAGGGGCGUGCGUGCUUGUGUGGGUGUGGCUCUGUGCGUGUGGGUGUAGCUCUGUGCGUGUGGGUGUACUUCUCUGGGAGCUUAUCGGUCUAACAGGUGCGCGCGUGCUUGUGUGUGCGUGGCUCUGUGUGUGUGUGUGUGUGUGUGGGUGCAGCUCUGUGCGUGUGGGUGUAGCUCUGUGCGUGUGGCUGUAGCUCUGUGCGUGUGGCUGUAGCUCUGUGCGCGUGUGCCUGUGUGCGUGUGCUUGUGUGCGUGUAACUGUUUUGCAACUAGGGCUGUGGCUGUAGAUGGGGUUGUGGCUGUGGCUCUGUGGGUGUGGCUGCGCGUGUUUGGUUUUGUGUGUCUGUGUAUGGCUGUGUGUGUACGUGUAUGGCUGUGUGUGUGUACGUGUAUGGCUGUGUGUGUGUGUGUAUUGCUGUGUGUGUGCCUGGAUUUGUGGUGGUUGUGGCGGGGGCUGUGGUUGGUUUUGUGGGGCUGUGGUUGGUUUUGUGUGUGUGUGUUUGGCGGUCGCUGUGGCUGGCUUUUAGAAAAAAACGGUUUUGGGAAAAAAGUUGGCCUUUGGAAAAAAAAAAGGCCCUUGGAAAAAAGUUGGGCCUUUGGAAGAAAAGUUUGAGCUUUUGGAAGAAGUUUGGGUCUGGGAAAAGAUUGCGUUUUGGAAAAUAUUUGGGCCCCUGGAAAAGGUUUGUUUGGAAAAUAUUUGCGCCUUUCGAAAAAGUUUGGGCUUUGGGAAAUAUAGCACGGCGGCGACGGGUCUAAGUUAUUAAUCAGUUCAGUAUCAACAUCAAGAGGACAAAUCUCAAUGAUAGUAUUUCCAUUUCGCAUCAGCAAGCAUAUUACCAACCGCUGUUAAAAAUAGCAGUUACCUCGAAAUCGAAAUCAGAUUCGGUAAACCCGAUUUUGUCGGCAAAGCGCGAUGACGUUGGAACCCUUGAAAUGAUCAGAAAUAUUGUAUUCUUCAGUAGUAAAGGAAGCACGAGUUGAAAGCUCAAGUUAUGACGUACCUGCACAGUACACGACAGAGCUAACAAAUUAUUCAUUUAAGAAAAAAAAUAAUCAUCAGAGGAAGCUAGGUUAUCAGGUCCAUCGAGCUUCAAUGCGGUAAUAAAAAUCAACAUCAUGAUCACACUAUCAAGAGCUUCACUUUUUGUUGUUUCAUCUUCUUCACACCACUUUCCUCGCAAAACAUCAACAACUUAGUCUCGUAGCAAUGCAGUGCAACAAAUGUCGCACAGAGCAUCUGUACAGAUUGCCAAACAGCCAAACAAAGUGAAUUUUCCAAGAACAGCGUGCACUUGUUCUUGUACAUUACAGGCAUCUGCAUGAAGACCCAACUGCGGAAAGCAGGCCAUCGAAAUUCAGGAUCCCACACCUGUGCGCGCGUGUUUUCCGGCGUAGUUUCAGC